CUUUGUUCUGUAUAGUGUAGACAUGUGGGACUUUGAUACAUUCUUAGGUGUUGAUUCCUUGGUAUGGAGUUUCCUGCUUCUCUAUAUAUUCUUGGUUUCCAACUCCACCUCUCCAUUUGGGGUUCUACUGGGAUUAUCUGUUGUACUUAAACCUUCAUACGUCCAAGAGACCUGGUCCCUGUUGAGUGUAUACCCUGAGAGACUUGUCAGUAUCUGGAUACCUGGUUUAGUUCUCCUGGUAUACUGGAUACACGGUCUCCUUCUCCUAGUCCUAGAUAUAUACAAGUGGGAACCUCUAUAUAAGUACAAACUUCAGCCUAGAGUGGAGGUGAAUGUACACAAACUACCCCGUUUGUUCCGACGUGUACUGAGUGUACAGCUGGGGGUUUAUGUACCUAUAUCCCUAGUGGUAUCCUGGAUAUCUAUAAAUACAAACUACGGGCUCAGUAUUAGUAAAAACGUUCCCUCCAGUAGAGAGUUACUAGUUGAUAUCCUAGGGUUUGCAGUUGUUGAUGAAAUAUUGUUCUACGCAGCUCAUAGAGCAGCUCAUAGUCGGCCGCUAUACAAAUAUGUACAUAAGGUACACCAUGAAUACACUGCUCCUAUUGCUCUGGCUACUGACUACUGCCAUCCUCUGGAACAUUGCUUUGUAAACGUCCUACCGAAUAUAGGAUACAUAGUAUGUGGACCACAUGCAUAUUCUUAUCUAAUCUGGUGGCUGUUGUCAUAUCUUUCAUCACAAACUAACCAUAGUGGAUACAGAUUUCCAACAGCUGAUCUAACAAGAGAACCACAACCUGAUUUCCAUGAUAAACAUCACGAGAGAUUUGAUUGCAACUUUGGAACAAAUGGGGUCCUGGACUGGCUGUUUUCUACUGCAUACAAACAAACAAAAAUUAAGUAAUCAAAGGAUUUGUGAUGAAACAAUUGAAUCAGUUUUGUCUUUUCACUUGGUGUUAAGAAAUAAACAUACUUUUUGAUAACAAAUCUUAA